UCUGCUUGAAGUGUGCUCAGAGAAAAGCAGCAUCAGUAUCACCUAGGAGCUCGCUAGUCCUGCAGCCUCAGGUCUCAGCGAGGAGCUGCUGAGUGGGAAUCUGCAUUGUAUCACGAUGACCAUGUGCUGUCGUGCACAGAGAAGUCUGAGAAGUGCUGCUUUGAGCCUCACAUUGACCCACACAGGUCGAUAAGGGAAGCAGGGUAUUUAACAGAUGAGGAAACCGGGAAACUAGAUCUCAGAGUUGUUAAGUAACUAAGUCCAGUUUUCUGUGCUAGUGUCUCACCGAGAACUACGUACUGUAACAAUGAUGUUGACUUCUUGGUUGGGCUGGUGUUAGGCUUGUGUGACAGAGACUGAUUCUUAGCUGCCCAGCAAACCCAUGGGCUUAGGUGUGGCUGUGUAACUGAGUUCUAGCCUAAAGAAUGUGAGUGGAGGUGGAAAGGUGUUGUGGUCCUCUUCUAGGGAAAAACACAAAAAGAGAGCUCCCAUGGGAGGCUCUCCAUGCUGCUUUAUACUCCUCGCAGGCUGGAGUGGAGAGGGCCCCUUGGGUGAGCUUGGAAGGUAUGUUUAAGGCUGGCAGGACUGUUGUCAGCCUGGGUCAGGGAUCAGGGAGGGCCACUCUAUCGAUUGAUUACUUGUCUGCUACGUAUACAGGAACCAGAAAUAAUCUUUUGUUGAGCUUGAGCCAUUGUAUGUGUUUGGGCCUAUGUAGUAAGCACUUAGCCUACUCUAAGAAAUUCUUUGGAGCUGUGGCUUGGGACUUGAAGUUGUGGAUCUUUUGGCCUAAUACAUUCAUUCAUUUUUCGUCUUUGGUAGUUGGCGAUCGAUCAGUUGUGGUCCAACAUGCAGGAGUGAGUGAGUGGUGAAAGGCAGCAGAGCUGAUGGGUGGUGAGGAUGUAAGUGCGUUUGAAGGCUCUCACUCCCUCUACUCCAGGACAGAAUCAUGAAUAAACUGGAGGACACGCAGGACCAGAUGAUACCAUGAAGAGAAGUUUACAGGCCCUCUAUUGCCAACUGUUAAGCUUCCUCCUGAUCUUGGCACUGACCGAAGCACCGGUGUUUGCUGCCCAGGAACCAUCUCCCAGGGAAUCUCUUCAAGUCUUCCCCUCAGGCACCACCCCAGGCACCAUGCUGACAGCACCCCUCAGCUUCACCAGACACUCCUCCAUGGUGGCUGCCCCUGCCUCCAUGGUAACACGGACCCCUCAUCCCGACAGACCCUCCUCACAGGCCACGGCUCCCAUGGCAACGAUGACGCCCCAUCUGGACGGACACCCUCCUACAAACACUGUCUCCACCAUCAUGGCAACAGCAACCACUCCCCAACCUGAAGGCCCCCUGUCCACAGGGCCACCUCCUGCUGCCAUGGCAACCACAUCCUCCCACUCAGAAGGCCGCCCCCCAGGGGAGGCUACACCCACCAUCCUGCCGACAAAGCAGAGGAGAGCCACCAGCCGCUCCCCCACAGCACCCUCCCGGGUGACCACACGUAGGCCCCCCAGGCCUCCAGGCUCUUCCCGAAAGGGAACUGGCAGUUCACGCCCUGUCCCGCCUGCGCCCAGCGGUCACUCUGUGAGGAAGGAAGGCCAGCGGGGACGAAAUCAGAGUUCCACACAUCUGGGGCAGAAGCGGCCCCUGGGGAAAAUCUUCCAGAUUUACAAAGGCAACUUCACAGGAUCUGUGGAGCCUGACCCCUCCACCCUCACCCCCCAGAACCCACUCUGGGGUUACUCCUCCUCGCCACAGCCCCAGACAGUGGCCACAACCUUGGCACCCAGCAGGACCUCAUGGGUACCACCCACCACCCCCCUGGUGCCUGCAGAGGACAAGCCCAGCCUUAGCAGAGCAGACCAGGGGGGUGGUUCCACCUUCACCAGCCAAGGAGGGGAGCCGGACACCACACCAGCCUCAGGCACCCCUACCGGUCCACAGCCUGCCCCAGUGCCUUCUCAGCACCCCCGCGGUGACCCGCAGGACAGCCCCAGCCACAGUGACUCCUGGCUUACUGUCACCCCGGGCAUUAGCAGACCUCCAUCUGCUAGCUCUGGGGUCUUCACGGCUGCCACGGGGCCCACCCAGGCUGCCUUUGACGCCAGUGUCUCAGCCCCUUCUAAGGGGCUUCCUCAGGGAACAUCCUCAGCCCCUCAGGCUCCAGCCAGCUCCCCCGGGGUUUCAGGAAGCACUGUUUCCCAAGCCGAGGAAGAGGCUUUGGCCACCACCACCAUGGCUGGCAGGGUGCCCAGUCCUCUCUCCACGGUGGUGUCCACGGCCACAGGAAACUUUCUCAACCGUCUGGUCCCUGCCGGGACCUGGAAGCCAGGAACAGCAGGGAACAUCUCCCAUGUGGCUGAAGGGGACAAACCCCAGCACAGAGCCACCAUCUGCCUGAGCAAGAUGGACAUCGCCUGGGUGAUUCUGGCCAUCAGCGUGCCCAUCUCCUCCUGCUCCGUCCUGCUGACCGUGUGCUGCCUGAGGAGGAAGAAGAAGCCGGCCAACCCCGAGAACAGCCUGAGCUACUGGAACAACGCCAUCACCAUGGACUACUUCAGCAAGCAUGCUGUGGAGCUUCCGAGGGAGAUCCAGUCCCUUGAAACCUCUGAGGACCAGCUCUCGGAGCCCCGGUCCCCAGCCAACGGCGACUACAGAGACACCGGGAUGGUCCUCGUUAACCCCUUCUGCCAAGAAACGCUGUUUGUGGGAAACGAUCAAGUGUCGGAGAUCUAAGUGCAGCAGCCCUCGCUUUGCCGUUCCUUCCUUUUGUCUCUAAAUUAUCCACGUACAAAUAUAUAUUAUAAAUGUCAUCUUUGUGUAACCCUGACUUGAUGAUAAAAAGUUUUCAGCUUUUUUUUUUCCUAAGAAUUGUCAACAUCUUUUUUAUAAGUGUGGUUAGAAAAAAAAAAUUUACAGAACGAUCCGUGGCUUUAUAAAAUAAAGGUAUUUCUAAGCAAA